AUGAAGGAAGCCGAAAAACACAGAUGGAAGGCGAGGUGUGAUCAGUUGCUGCGCCUAGAAGCCCUAAAGAUCCCAAGGAGCUUUGUUCUGCCAGCCUUCAGAACUGUGCAGGCCUACCAACUGCAUUACUUCGUAGAUGCAAGCCAGGUCGGGCUCAAGUUGACUGUAGAGGUCAUUGCAGCACGCAUGGAUUGCAAGCUAUGUGAAGAGCUUUGCCAGGAGCUUGAAGAAUCAGUGUUCUGGAGUGGUUCUACAUUGGUCCUCAAGUAUCUCUUCAAUCUCAAGGCAUGCUACCAGCCGUUUGUGGUGAAUCAUGUCAACCUGAUACAUGAGGUGACUCCCUCCACUGCCUGGAGAUAUGUGGACAUAGCCAAAACCCUGGCGGACCUGGCUCUAGAGAAAUCGAUGCCGACUCACUGCUGA